AAAUUAAUCUGAAAAGAUGCCCCACAAAAAACACCAUUUUUUUACCGAGAAAUACGCGUCCUGUUUAUAAAUAGGCCAGACGGCGAACCAGACCGGGGUACCUGGGGCGCCAUCACACAUUCACACCCCAACCGAACCGAGCAGAGAAAAUGGCGGCGAUCUCCUCCACCGCCUACUUCUCCUCGCAGCCGCAGCUCCCGGCCUCCACCGCGGACCGUGCCACCACCACCACCGCAAGUAGCGGGAUGGCGCGGCAGCCGCGCCGGAGUUGCAGCUUCGUGAUGGUCGAGGCAUCCUCCGGCACCGGCGGCGGGGUGGUCAGGACGAGGAGCCUCACGGAGGACGACCUGGAGGAGCUCAAGGGCUGCCUCGACCUCGGCUUCGGCUUCGCGUACAGCGAGAUCCCCGAGCUCUGCGGGACGCUGCCCGCGCUCGAGCUCUGCUACUCCAUGACCCGGAGGUUCCUCGACGAGCAGAGGGCGCCGGGCAAGGAGGAGGAGAAGGAGCAGGAGAACGCGGCGAUGCACCUCCCGAAUUGGAGGAUCUCUGGACCUGGUGACGAUCCAGAGGAAGUGAAGGCGAGAUUGAAGUAUUGGGCUCAAGCAGUAGCAUGCACUGUCAAGCUCUGCAGCUGAUGGAGGCUGGCUACCUGUUUUCUGGCAGUGUGUGCUAUGACGGGCUGAAGGUUGAAGAACCUGCUUAUGUGGGUUUGGGAUAAGGGGGCAGGGGGGGGGGGGGGGGGGGCACAUACUCCUCAGGACCUGCUUCUGCUUCGUGAUAUUGAAGCAACAUGAGUGAUAACUGCUUCUGAAAAACUUUGGAAAGGAGGAUUCAUGACCUUGGAAUCACAGCGACGAGACUCGAUGCGAUCCAUGGUCUGAGCUUUUCUGAAAGAUUCGGAAGCUCAUCAUUCCUCAGGGUGGUCUGCAUAAUGCAGCGUUUGCAAAUGCAGAACCUGCUGGUUCUUUUUUGUCUUUCCCUUGCAAUGAUCACUAGGCGUUCUAAUUGUUUUACACCUGUAAUAACGUACUGAGUGGGGUUUUAGGUUCUAAUCCAAGGGUUGAUUAGUUCCAACAAUGCUUUGUUCUGUGCUACUUUGGACAGAUAUGUAGAUUACACUGUUUACAAAUUUACAAUAGGCAGAAAGUGUUUGGUUGCUUGGCAAGGUUCAGUCACGUAAAACAA